AUGCUGGGGUUUUAUGCUGGGGUGUUGUGUUCACAACGAGGGUUGUGCGUUUGUCGAUUUCUUCGGCCAACCUGUGCAACUGCAAUGGAGGAUGAACCGGAGCUCUUGAAUCAGCUCUUGCGCAUUGCUGCGAUACUUUGUGUGUUGUUUCUCAUCGCCACCUCGUGUUUGUGUUGCUGGUGCCGAAAAGGGCAGUCUUGCUCAGAGUCGGCGCAAUGUGACACGGGGCAAGUGGAGCACCCAAGCAAUACGGAGGCGGGCCUUCUGAGCGCUUGUGGCACCCUUGGCUUGAGUGUGUCAGGGACGCAGGCGGUGGUGUCCUUUCUCCGGCUCCAUGGACAUCUGCCAGCCGACCGCCCAAGCGGACCUGUCCCCGAGGCCUCUCCUGAAACAGCGAUCGAACCUGUUCAAGUACCAUGUCAGGGCAGCUGGGUGAUGGACUUACCUUGGGGCAAACAGCAGGUCGGCGCAGUUGUUGGGCGUCAAGUUGAGUGCUUGGGCCAAGUGGCCGAGCUCAAGGGUGGCACGCGCUUGCACUUCCAGUGGCCUGAUGGAGCCCGACAAGAACUGCAAGCUUUCGAUCAGCAUGUGUUGACAUGGACCGUGGAUACGAGCUGGCCGCAAACUCUCUGCUGGACGCGUGUCCCAGCUUGUCCGCUGGUAGCAGACUGCAGCGACAUGCAGGUGCUGACUAGCGCGGACAGGCACAUGUGCAGCAGCUGUGGUGAGGAGAAAGCGGGGUCGCAUUGGUUCUGUUGCUCGCACAGCGCCUGCCUCUGCCCGACGUGUGCGCCCGUUCCCAAACAGGCGGUCCUAGGCAUCUCGGCGGCUUGGGUCAUCGACAUCUUCCCAGGGCUCGCGCGAAAAGCGACCGGAAUGGCGAAUCCCAACUUUCACGAAAUCUGUCCCGCGGUUGCCAUGGGGCCGCAGGGGCUCGGCUUCGGCAAGGCUUGCCCGAGAGAUGGCCGACCCGGAUGCAGCGUCGUUGAUGCGGUGGACGACAAGUACAGGGGCCGGGCCACUCAUUUCGUGUCCUGGUGCUGGUCGUACUCCCUGGACGACUUCGUGAGUGCGCUACAGUCAUGGGUUGCGAAGGAGCGGCUGAAUGCCAGCGAGGUGUACUUGUGGGUGUGCUUCUUCUGCAACAACCAGUACCGCAUGCUCGAAUCCGGCACGCAGACCGGCUCGGAUGAGCUCAAGGCCGUCUUCGAGAGUCACCUGGGCGAAGCGGGUCGCAUGCUUCUGAUGUUGGACAGCUUCGUCGACCCCAAGUAUAUCACGAGGGCAUGGUGCAUCUUCGAAAGCUUUGUGUGCAUAAGCAAGAGCCUCGAGAUGACGAUCAUCCUGCCUGAGAGGUCCCGGGACAAGUUUCGGGAAACCUUGGACACCGCGGGCGGCUUCAGUAAGUUGCUGGUAGCUUUUGAGGCGAUGGAUGUGCGAUACGCAGAGGCCUCCAGCAAGAUCGACGAGGACAUGAUAAAGAAGCUGAUACUGAUCAGCUGUGGCUUUGAUGUCGUGAACCAGGCGGUGAAACACCGAUUGCUCAAAUGGCUCACAGACAUGUUCCAAGGACACUUGCUGAAUCUGCGCUGCUGA